GCCAGCACACCCAAGGCUUCUCACUGCUGCUUAGGCGGUUUCCUCUUCUGGGGACGCCCUUCCUGGAACUCUGAUGUCUAAACCUCACCUAUCCCUUUGGUCCAGCCCAGCUGUUUCCUCCAGGACCAGUCCCCUGCUUUCCUCCCUGCCCCCAGCUGAAAGCUUUUCCUACCCCCACACCCAUGGUGGCACUGGAAGGUUCUACUGCAUGCGUCUGUCUUGUCCUCUUGGGUGCAGUUGUGCCUCCCUAGGCAGAGAGAGAAUCAGAGAGGGGGCAGAGGUGUGGUUUCUGAGCUGAUAAUAGGCCCCGGAUUUCUGAGCCCUGCAACCUCAAACUCCUUCAUUGAGCUGCAGCCUGACCUCCAGGAGGAGGACUCAGCCUGGUACCUGCAUUGUAACAGCGUGUUUGUUUUGUUUUUAGUCCAAAAGAUUCCCGUUGGAAAGUCAGACAGACGUGAGUCCAGAUCUCACCUCUGCUACUAGCUCUGUGGGCGGCCUUUGGCAGGUUACCUAAGCCUCUGGUAACGGUAUCUGCUUCAGAGAGCAGGGGUAGCGCUCAGAUAAAAUACUGCCCGGCGCCCAGCGUGUGUGUAAGCCCUCAGAACACAUUGGCUAUGACAGGGAAGACUGAGUGAUAGCUGGCUGCUGUGGUGAAAGACUGGAGAAAUACCAAGUCCUCAGUAUCAGCCCACCUUAAAGAGCAUGAUGGAUCUGGACGUGGUUAACAUGUUUGUGAUCGCGGGGGGAACUCUGGCCAUCCCAAUCCUGGCAUUUGUAGCCUCAUUCCUCCUGUGGCCCUCGGCUCUGAUCAGAAUCUACUAUUGGUACUGGCGGAGGACGCUGGGCAUGCAGGUGCGCUACGUUCACCACGAAGGCUAUCAGUUCUGCUAUUCCUUCCGGGGCAGGCCGGGGUCCAAGCCCUCCAUCCUCAUGCUCCAUGGAUUCUCCGCACACAAGGAUAUGUGGCUCAGCGUGGUCAAGUUCCUUCCGAAGAACUUGCACUUGGUCUGUGUGGACAUGCCAGGACAUGAGGGAACCACCCGCUCCUCCCUGGAUGACCUAUCCAUAGAUGGACAAGUCAAGAGGAUACAUCAGUUUGUAGAAUGCCUGAAACUGAACAAAAAGCCCUUCCAUCUAGUGGGCACCUCCAUGGGCGGCCACGUGGCUGGUGUGUAUGCUGCUUACUACCCAUCGGAUAUUGCCAGCCUAUGUCUCGUGUGCCCUGCUGGCCUGCAGUAUUCAACUGAUAAUCAGUUUGUUCAACGGCUCAAAGAACUACAAGACUCAGCUGCCAUGCAGAAGAUCCCUCUGAUCCCAUCCACCCCGGAAGAGAUGAGUGAAAUGCUCCAACUCUGCUCUUACGUCCGCUUCAAGGUGCCCCAGCAGAUCCUGCAGGGCCUCGUGGAUGUCCGCCUCCCUCACAACAACUUCUACAGGAAGUUGUUUUUGGAAAUCGUCAGUGAGAAGUCCAGAUACUCCCUGCACAAGAACAUGGACAAGAUCAAGGUUCCCACGCAGAUCAUCUGGGGGAAGCAAGACCAGGUGCUUGAUGUGUCUGGGGCGGAUGUGUUGGCUAAGUCAAUCACCAACUGCCAGGUGGAGCUUCUGGAAAACUGUGGGCACUCGGUGGUGAUGGAGAGACCCAGGAAGACAGCCAAGCUCAUGGUCGACUUUCUAGCCUCUGUGCACAACACAGACAACAACAAGAAGCUGGACUGAGGCCCGACUGCAGCCUGCAUUCUGCACACGGCAUCCGCUCCCCCCUCCUCCAAGCCUGACGCGGCCACCACUCUCAGGGAUCCUGCCCCCAAGGUGGUCGGAGCGCCGGCGACCCCGAGGAAAGCCCGUCCUCAAUCCCUGGUGUCCAUGGUUCCACAGAGCUUGAGGGGCCACAAGGAAAUCUCCAAGAUCUUUUUCACAAAACAGAAACUCACCUGGAACAAGACAAGAAAACCCAGCCACGAAACCUACCGAGACGUCUUCAAGUUCAUAUCGCUGACUAGCUUGUCCAAAGCAGCCCCCUUGGACUGAAGUCACGGACGACACUUUGUUUUGAGACAUUCCUCACGGACUGAGACUCCAGAUACUUCUGUUGCUUCCGCCGUCUUCCCCUGCAUGGUCAGUGCCUUCGAUAGGAGCGUUAGUCCCCAUUCGCUGAACCUUCUUGUUUAAGUCUAACUCAAGUUUUCUGUAAAGAACCCACACGUGAUUGCAGCCCAUUGGCCCCAGGGCGUGAGGGGAGAGUGGCCAGCUGGAGAACAGGUUUCUGUGUGGAGGGCCGUGAGUCCAUCUUGGCCAGCCUGAGCAGUGAAGAACACAGGUGGGUGCUUUGUGGGCCAUCCACGAGUCAGGGACGUCGUGAGUGAACCCUGGACAGUCACAGAAGGAAGAACACCUGAACGCCUGGCCGGGUGGGUGUCCCCUGGCUAAUGCAUUAUUUUUAAAAAUAGGACUAAUAAAGCAAUAACGUUCCAGACAUCCAUCUAAGUGAGCAGACUCAAGUUCCGCACUCGAGAAACUUGUGGGCCUCUUUUGUAUUUUGCUGUGCUACUGAAAACCCUUGGAUGUGAAAGACGAGUUUGCCAAUGGAUUCUGUGAAUUCUGUGAACAAUAACGUGGUUGAAAACAAAUCUGAAACAGCUGGAAAACUGACCACAUUGACAUGAAAUGAGUUUAAUGAAGUCUCGAUCAGCAACAUGCAGGUGGUUUCUAUUUUGCACUCCAAGUUUAAGUGCAGUUUUGGCGGAUUUUCUGUUAACUUUAAAAUGUGUUUCCAAGUGCUGCUUGUUCUACAUGAGAUGGAAAUCUGCUUGGAUGAGUGAUUAGUUUCAACUUAACAAAUCAUGUUUGCAGUCUUUGCUCAACUGAAAGCACCAUCAGUCUGUCACUCUGACUCCUUUCUGUUGUGUUUAGGAGCCAUAAACUCCCCAGGAAUUUCAUUCUUUAAAAGAAGGUCUACAGCCAGGUCGUUCUGAAAAUAAAGUGGUUUAAACUUUAUAGUUUAAAUUGG